AUGUUGAACUAUGCUCCUGGUAGAACAAGUGAAAGAAGAAAAACUUAUCACGAAUAUAAUCCAUAUCAGCCCAAACAGUACAACAGUCCCUCAGCCGACCUGGGACCUUUUAACCACGAACCCUAUACAACUAAACUAUACAGGACAUAUGGUGACGUAAACACCAAUACUGACCUUGAACCAAUAGAACCAUUAUACUUCAGUGACAUUGCAAACAUUCAUAAAGAAGAGAAGCCUACUCAUAUCAAUGGUGUGGCCCCGAAGCAUGCUGGGGCAACUCAAGGGCAAGUCAGUGCGGCUCAAGGACUUGUCACUGUGGCUCAGGAGGGUAGUAUAGCUUAUGAUGUUUCAAGCCAUACUGAACACUCAACCUACAAGACUCCUCAAUAUUCCUAUAAGCUGGUUACAACCUCGCCCCCAGAGGUUAAAGCACUUCCACGGCGUCCGUCCAAGAAGUACGAGACAACAUAUCAGAAUUCUGCUUCUCCAUCUAAACCUACUUUUAUACCAUCUCUUCAUCAAACACAAAACUAUUCUCUUCCCUUCACAUCUUCUAUCAAAUAUACAUCAUCAACAACAUCCAAACCUUUGUCAACAACUUCUAUAACAACUACAGAAGAGGCUACUAUAACAACUAGAAAGGCAUCUAUUACAGAGCCAACUACAGCACGGCCUACAACAGCUACAGCAUCAACUUCUGCAAGAACAACUAGGCUAUCCACUGCUACUACAGAAAGAUCUACUACUUUAGAAGUAUCUAGUACAACCGAAAGAUAUGCUACUUUAGAAGAAUCUACGACUUCUGUUACAAGCUCUACUACUGUAGAGGAAUCUGGUAAGCCUGGAUCAGCAUAUACAUACAAAUUAUCUUCAGGACCAUCUGCUAUACGAACCCUUCCUCCAUCAUCUCACUUACAUCUAGACGCUCGAUAUCAACCAAUCCAUGACCACCAAUAUCAAGAGCCAAACUCUGGUUAUCUCUCACAUUUAAAUCCUCAAGGACUCCCUCAGUAUCCCUCCUACCCAUCCCAACAGGAGCAUCAUUAUCAGCAACCACCAAACUCAGGUUACUUGCCUCCUGAGGAUCAUCAACGUCAAGAAACAAGCCCGCUGUUUCUUCCUCCGCUAGACCAACCUUCUAGCUCCAGUUACCUUCCUCCUCCAGAGUAUCAACAGCCAAGUCAUGAUUACCUUCUACCUCCGGAGCAUACUGAACACGCUCCAAGUCAUAGCUAUCUCCCUCCUAAAGAACAUCAUGAGCACCCUCCAAAUCAUGACUAUCUACCUCCUCAAGAACAACAUAUACAAGCUCCAAAUCAUGGUUAUUUACCUCCUCAAAGUUCUUAUAAUUCACCUUCACUAACUGAUCAACCGGAAUUAGCUGUUCAUGGUACACCAGGACAAAGCUACCUGCCUCCAACUCUAAGCCAAUCCUACCUUCCUCCCUCAAAGUAUCAACUUCCACCAAGUAAAUCGUAUCUUCCUCCUCCCUCAUACCUACCACCUUUAGAAACAGACAUAUUGCCACACAUUGAUGAUUUCCAUGCACAAGUAAAAGAUAAAAUUCAAAGCCUCCAUGAAUUUUCAAGAAAUAAUCACCCCCUUGGAGAACCUGUACCCACAACCCAAGACAAGUACCCUAGUCCACCCAUUAUUUCUGAAAAUCAUGCCCAAGAGGAUCAACCCAAAGAUCUGUAUACAGAAGUCUACUCAACAAUCUAUCCGCAUGGAUAUCCACCGCAAUUCCCAGAACAGCAAUAUCAUCAGGAACUUCCUCAAUACAGAGAAGAAGAACAUGUUCCCUACAAAUAUUACAAUCCAGAAUCAAAGGAGACAGUUUAUGUCCAUGUUGGGCAUCUAGAUGAUCAUAAGAACGUUGAAGCUGGCACAACAGAUCCAAUUCAUUACAGCAACAGGAAAGCUCUAGAUGAUGCUCUAAAGAAUUUGAGUCCAGAGAAAAGAGUAAUAACAGUUUCUGAGCCACCAAAAUUUCAACGACUUGAGUCAAAAUCAACAACUUCCAAUAUUGAAGGAUUAUCUUCUUCAACCACUGUACUUCCUACAGAUUCAUCAGCUGCUCCUGCAUCUGCUUCUACAAAAACUUCAACUUUUACCCCAACUUCAACGACAACAACAACCAAAAAGACUGUAACUGCUGAAAGCUCCAUCCCACCCCGUACUGCUCGAUCAUCUACUCCUCCUCCUACAUCACCUGAACCUACUCCAACCCCAUUAACAUCUGCUUCAUCACAGAUGAAUAGGUUUGCCUUGGGUGGAAGCACUAAUGAUAACUUUAUGUUUGGACCUCAGACAAAACCAUCAAUAGAAAAGAUCUCUUCAGAAGAUAAUAUUUUCAGGGAAGAAACCCUGAAAAAUGAAAAUGUUGAAAAAGGAAAAAUUAUCCCUCGAAGUUUUGAACCCCCAGAAGUCUCUUCUCCCUCUGUAGCUCUACCCAGUAACAAGAUAAACAUUAAUACUGUAGAGAACUCUGAAAUCAUUGGAGACACAGAAGUUAUCCGGAGCCACACCCCCUUCGGACACAGUUACAGGGUAACCACGCCCUCUUCCACUGUGUUUGUUCAGAGAACAUUUGGAAUUUCCCAGCCGAUAAAGCGAGAGCUUGAUCUGGGUGGACAGAAUACUAGGUUUAACCUGGUACAGGAUGAUAGGGUUAAUGUUGUUCAAGAGGAUACAAGCGUAUUCAACUCUUUGAAGAAUGCUGUCGAUGUUCUAACCAGAUCUUCUCUAGGUUAUGUUAACCUCACCCCAUUGGCAUACUUUAAUGAAAACUCUCAAGAAGAAAAUUUGUUGACUCUUCCCGAGUUUGAACAUUUCACGACAAAGAAAAGUGUUAAACAAACCUCAGAUGAUCAAAGUAACAUCACCAUUAAUGACGACCAUUCCAUUCAAGUCAGUUCGGAUCAGCUGUCUACAACCGGUUCUUUUACAAAUGGCGUCAGUACUGGCACGACAGAGGGUACAACCAAGGACAGUACAAAGAUUACAGAGAGUGCAUCGAGCACAGGAAGAUCAGGAAGUUCAAUGAGUACACCAAGCACAGGAAGUACAGCAAGUACCGGAAAUGCAUGGAGCACGUUAAGCUUUGGUAGUGCAAGUACUCAAAAUGUUUAUGAUUCCCAAAACAUUGAUAAAAUUCUCGAUGUAAUGAAGAAUGUCAGGGAGACAUCUGGUGGAGAUUCUCUAAGAUUAAACGAAUCUGAAUUAAACCAACUAAUAGUUGAGAACUAUUUCAGUCAAUCUACUGAGACUGAUGUUGACCAGAUAACUCAGAAAUCCAAAUAUUUUGAGGAGAUCAAUUUGGCUAAUAAUGAGAUUGAACCGUUACCAUCAGCAAUCCCUCAUAUUUCUCCUGAAAAUAUAAACCAACUGGUUCCUAAUCCAGACUGGGUGGAGAGAUACGCCUUCGAGGUGCAGGACAACCAACACCAGGAGAAGGAGGAGAGGAGUACGCUAGAAACCAUUUUUCUUCAAGAUUCGGAAAAUAAAGUGCUAGUUCCUUCCUUUAACAACUCUGUUUAUAUACCCAAGGUUAGUUUAAAAACGUCAGCUAGGGGUGUAGAGCCCCUACAAGAACCAUCUCCACAUAUAGAAGAACUACCAAGGGGAAGGAGUUUAGCUGAGACAAGGUUUAUAGAUGAGGAUACAAGGUUCCAAGACAGCUGGGUUGGGAGACAUAGAAACAUACAAGAAGUAGAAAGAAUGAAAAGGAAUCAUUUCUCGGAAGACCAACGUGAACAACAUCAACAGCAUCAACAACAUCAGCAACAACAACAACAACAACAUCAAAAACAUCAACUAUAUCAACAACAUCGAUAUAGGAGUAAAAGAGAUUUAAGUUUGGAAGAUGAGAUUCUGAGCUCCGAUCUUCUGAACCUGUCCCAAGAAAGAAUAGAUAAAGACAAACUUACAUAUAUCCAGCAGAAUGAGCUGACGAGAGAAAGACGACAAUCCUCUGAUCCUGAUCAGCUUUGUCCGACAGUAUCCCAGUAUAUCAUGCCUAGAGCUGCAGUUAACUCAGAAGGAGACUGGAUGUACGUAGUAAAUAUGCCAGCAGAACCAGAAUACCAACAGCUAGUUAGAUCAGAGAUAUGCAUGUAA